AGGGUUCCGAGUCUCUGCAGGUUCUCCGAGAUGGCGUCGGGAUCCCUAGGCCUCCAGCUGCCGCGUUCCACCCGCGUGAAGAACAAGACGGCAGCGGCGAUCCAGAUCACCGCCGAGCAGAUACUGCGCGAGGCCCGCGAGCGGCAGGAGCCUGAGAUCCGGCCGCCGAAGCAGAGCAUUACCGACUCCGACGACCUAGCCGACUACCGGCUCCGCAGGAGGAAAGGUUUCGAAGAUGUAAUCCGGCGCGCUCGCUGGAAAACUGGUACUUGGGUCGCAUAUGCCGCCUGGGAAGAGUCACAGGGAGACAUCGCUCGCGCUCGAUCCAUCUGGGAGCGGGUUCUAGAAGUCGACUAUCGCAACCCUACCCUGUGGCUCCAGGCCGCCGCAUUCGAGAUGCGAAUUCGCUGUAUCAAUCAUGCUCGCAAUAUAUGGGACCGCGCCGUCGCCCUCCUUCCCCGCGUCGACCAACUUUGGUACAAGUACGCGCACAUGGAAGAGAUCCUUGGCAAUGUUGCAGGUGCACGUCUGAUAUUUGAACGCUGGAUGGAUUGGCAGCCCGACACUCAGGGCUGGCUUUCGUACAUUAACUUUGAGCUUCGCUACAAUGAGGUCGAUCGUGCGCGUGCUAUCUACGAACGGUUUGUUGUUUGCCACCCUCGUCCUUCUUCUUUCAUCAAGUAUGCCAAGUUCGAGGCCAAGCGCGGUGAAAUUGCUCGUGCCCGUGCGGUGUAUGAGCGCGCCGUCGAUCUUCUUUCUGAAGACGAGGAAGCAGGGCAGCUCUUCGUUGCCUUUGCAGGCUUCGAGCUCUGGUGCAAGGAGAUGGAACGAGCUCGUUGCAUAUACCGUUACGCGCUAGACCACCUCCCCAAGGGGAGGGCCGACGAUGUUCAUAAGGAAUAUGUUACUUUUGAGAAGCAGUAUGGAGACACGCAUGGAAUUGAAGAUGCUAUUCUCAGACAAAUGAGAUUAAAGUAUGAUGACGAGGUGAGGAAGAACCCUUUCAAUUAUGACUCCUGGUUUGAUUACAUAAGGCUGGAGGAGAAUGGUGGAAACAAGGAUAUGGUGAGGGAGGUGUAUGAAAGAGCAAUAGCCAAUGUGCCUCCAGCAGAGGAGAAGCGGUAUUGGAAAAGAUAUAUCUACUUGUGGAUAAACUAUUCAUUAUAUGAAGAACUGGAUGCGCAAGACAUGGAUAGAACGAGGGAGGUUUACAGGGAAUGUUUGAAGCUAAUUCCUCAUAAGAAGUUUUCCUUUGCAAAGAUAUGGCUCAUGGCUGCCCAAUUUGAAAUCAGACAAAGGAACUUAAAGGCUGCACGCCAAAUCUUAGGAAAUGCCAUUGGAAUGGCGCCGAGCGAUAAGAUAUUUAAGAGCUACAUUGAAAUUGAACUCCAUCUAGGCAAUGUAAAUCGCUGCAGAAUCCUGUAUGAGAAAUAUCUGGAAUGGGCCCCUGCAAACUGCUACGCAUGGUUGAAAUACACUGAGUUUGAGAGAACAUUGAAUGAAACAGAGCGUGCUCGAGCAUUGUUUGAGCUUGCAAUUGCUCAACCUGCACUGGACAUGCCAGAGUUGCUCUGGAAGGCAUAUAUUGACUUUGAGAUACCCACAGAAUUUGAAAAAACAAGACAGCUCUAUGAUAGACUACUUGAUCGGACCAAACACUUGAAGGUCUGGCUUAGUUAUGCUAAGUUUGAGGCUUCUGCUGGCAUAGAAGACAAAACUAUGGACAAUGAGGUUCAGGAGAAGAACCAUGAUAUUGAAGAGAAACAAAGGAAGAGAAUUGAACGAUGCAGAGGGGUUUUCGAGAGGGCAUUUGACUACUUCAGAACGAAUGUGCCAGAGUUAAAGGAGGAAAGAGCAAUGCUUUUGGAGGAGUGGUUGAACUUGGAGAGCAGUUUUGGUAGUCUCGGGGACAUUAGCAUACUACAGAAUAAAUUGCCAAGGAAGGUGAAAAGGAAGAGACCUAUUUCAUCAGAAGAUGGAACUCCCACUACUGGGUUUGAGGAGUGCAUGGACUACAUCUUCCCUGACGAAGUAGCUUUAGCGCCUAAUAUGAAGCUACUAGAAGCAGCGUACAAAUGGAAAAAGCAGAAAAUCGCCACAGAUGAAAAUUGAGCGAGGACUUAAUGGAGAAGUAUCAUCCUAUAGGAAGGAUCUGGCUAUGAAUGUCACUCUUCUAUGUAUCAUCCUAUCGGAAGAACUUCAAUCGAGUUCUAGAAUAUUUUCGAUUUAGCUAUGUACAUAUAACUUGGACAAAGGGUUCUCUAUACUAUGUGCUCGAGCCCCACUGUCCCAAGUUAUUGUGAAUUGAAUAGUUGUUGAUAUUGUUUGUGCUAGGGGGAGCAUGGAACACAAUGCUGCCUUUUGUAUUUCAUUUUAUUUCAUGUUAUUUCCAUUUCACUUUUCUUUUUA